AUGGAGCCGCACGCGCCGCCAGAGGUCGAGGCGCAGGCCACGCCCCCAACAGAGCCCGUCGCGCCCCUAGAGGCCGCGCAAGUCGCCGAUGCGCAGGAGGCCCAAGAUUCUGCUGCAAAGGAGGAGGAGAAGGAAGAUAGCGCUGCUGCUGAGACAGCGGAGCAAGCAGAGGAUCCGCCUACUGAAGCUGCAGAGGGCGAUGGCGCUGCGAAGGAGGAAGAUGCAGAAGCAGCGGCACCAGCAGAGCAGAAUGAUGCGGCCGGAGCUGACGUUGAGGAGAAGGAGCAGCCGUCGACUCCGGAUGAGGAGGAAGCAGCGGAGCCAGCGCCAGCUGAGAGUGGUGACGCUGGUGCGGAGGAGAAGGAGGUUGAAGUGGAGGAGCCUAGUGCUGCUGAAGAGAAGCAGGAAGAUCCGUUGACAGAGGACGAAGCGCUCGCUGCUGAUGUGUCAACACCUGACGCUGUUAGUGAUAACGAACCGACAGAGGAAGCGGAAGCAGCGGUGGAGGAGCAAGUUGUCGAGAACAAAGAAGUUGGAGCUGGAUCCGAGGUUGCAGAGGGUGGGGUUGGCGCAAAGCUGGAAGCUCCGUUGACGAUUAUCGCUCCGGAGUCCCCUGCACCUGCAGAGUGGGAGGAACCUGAGUUGUUAAUGGGGGAUGAUGAUGCUGUUGAUCCUGCUGGCGACGAUCAUGACGGAGCAGCCGCUACCCCUGAGACCGCCUUGCAACUUCCGCAAGAGCUGGAGUCGGCGUCGCCUGCAGCGGUUCCUGAGCUGCUUGACGCGCCUACCGACACAGAGACAGAGAACGCAAACAAUCCGGCUGCGACGGAAGCGGAAGCUAAAGAGUCCGAGCAAGAUCAGACCGAGAAUGGGGAGAAGCCCGUAGAAAACGCUGCUGCGGAGGAAGGCGAGCACGCGACAAUCACUGCUGUGGCAGAGUCUGCUGAGAAGACGACUCCUCUGGACGCGAACUUGGAAGAGAUGCUAGCACGGAUCCGGAAGAAGCUGCCGUGCGAAUCGGUCGAGGUGUUGGAUUCCGGAGAGAUCCUUGCAUUGCCGAAGGGCUGGUCUACUCGUCAAAGUAAAACGAACGACGGCAAGACGUACUAUGUAUCACCCUACGGACACACGCAAUGGUUACGACCGCCCAUGAAAACUGGAGUUAUCUACAACUGGGUACACGAGAUCGAGGUAACGUUUGGCCCUGGCCGGCUUGGACUCAACCUGAAGCAAAUUGCUGGAAUCCCUGGUACGGAAUUCACGGAUCUCCAGGUCCAUAUCGCCGAGAUUUACAAGUUACCGAACGGAAUGGCUAGCCCUGCAGAGAUUUAUAACUGGAGUGUCAAGCCUGAGAAGCGUCUUGCAGUGAAUAUGCGCGUGACGAUGAUGAAUGGGAUCUCGCUGGCGGGAUACACGUACUCGGAGGUGCUGGAGUUACUUGCUCGGAUGGUACGCCCCGUUCGGAUUAAGUUCGCUGAUAUCACGAAAGGCAUCGUUGGCCGAGUCGAAGAAGAAAUUCCCCACGAAGAGACGGAAGAAGGAAAAGAGGCUCGUGCAGCAAGAGUGAUGCAGAACUCGCGUCGGAUGGAAUAUUUCCAGAUCCUGGUGUCUUACGAACUUCACAAGCAAGUGUGGGCGUCUACAAAGCAGCACAUGAAGCUUAAGCGGCUUGAGAUGGAAAAGAAGUGCGAGGUCAUGGAAUCACAAAUUGAAGGGGAGGAGCAGCACAAAGAAACCUUGGAGAAGGAGCGUGAGCACUUGGUCCAAGAGGCGGCUUCACUGAAGGAGGUGAUUGAGCAGUUAGACAAGCAAACGGCUGGAGAGUUCGAGUCGCCAGAGGUCUUGAGGACAGCAGAGCUGACCCAGCGAACCGCGGAGCUCGAGAAGGAAGUUUCUGAAAUCAUCGCCGAAAACGAGGAACUACAGGCUGCACGCGUUAAGAUCGAGGAGACUCUUGAUGCUUUGCAGAAGGAGCUUGAUGAGUAUGGUGACCUCGAGGUGGAUACGAACAGCGCCGGCGAGAUCAAGUUUUUCUCGCCAGCGUUUUUGGGCUCAAUGGUGCAACGAGGUUCCAUCGAUACCCGCGCUGAGGAUGCACGUGAACGACUUCUCGAGAAGAUUAAGGCGCAACGUGAUCAUCUGGAGGAAGACAUCAAGCUGGAAGAGGAGCGAACGAAGUUCGUGGAAUCGGAGAUCCACCAGUUCCAGAACCAAAUGGACGUGGCAACGGCGGCUGUCAAGCGCGAGGAUGAAUUUAUUAGCGGUGAGCGCCCACCUCAACUGAUCUUCUUGGAGAACAAGAUUGCCUUGCUGCGGAAGAACCUGCGGGAAACGGUGGCUGGAAUCGCGAAGGCGACAUCAAGUGGAGACCAGCAGCAGGCUGAGAACCUUUCGCUGCGACGAGCUGACCUGAAGGAUGAUCUGAAGACGGCACUAGACGAUAUGCGGCGAAUGGAGAACGACCUGAAAGUUUACUUCGACGUCGAUGAAGGCAAAAAGGUUGCACUGCAGCACGCAGAUUCGUCAGUCGAUACUGUUGACAUCGACGAGGCCCCGCACGAACGCGUGUCGGAGACAUCGCGGCUGCAAAACAAGCUGACGAAGCUUCAAGCUCAGUUGCACGAAACUGUUGUCCAGCUCGCAAAGGCGGCAGGUGAGAAGGACGAGGAGCGCAAGGGCGAAUUGAGCAAGCGGCGGCUGCAGCUGAAGGACGAGAUGAAGAUCGUGCAGGAUCAGUUCCAGGCGCUGACGAAUGGUACGCUCAACGUGUCUGCGAAGACCAAGGAGACGUACUUGAGACCUUCGAUUGUCGGCCCACCUACGAUGCAAGACCCUCCUCGGAGAUCUACCGCGGGCUCGCGAGCGUCGCUUAGCGGGCUUCGAGGCUCCUUCAGGGGUUCGCAUGGUGGCAGCAGACCCUCAGCUAACGGUCAACGGGGCUCCGAGCGACACGAGCAGAACUUGACCCAGCGCAGCAGCAGCAGUGCAUCUAUGGGCUCAAUGUCUUACAACUCCAACUCGAACCAGGUCCCUCGAGAGGGCAUGCUGCCGAUGAUGAGCGGUGUUCUCCGGAAGCACCCUACGCACUCGAAUGAGAAGGGCACGUUCGGAAACAUGUCGCUGCGUGGUGUUCGCGAGCGGUGGUGCAACAUCGAGCCGGACGGAUAUCUCCGUUACUACAAGCGAGAGGGUGAUCGCGAGCCGCGCGGCUCCAUCCCACUCAUGCACAAGUCUCUGGAGAUCCUGCACGGCAAGGAGGUGGGCAAGCCCAACGAGUUUAUGAUCUGCUCGCCCACGCACCAGACGCGGAUGACUGCGAAGAGCCACGAGGAGAUGCUGAAGUGGGUCAAGGUGCUCCAGUUGGCCCACCAACACUUCAUGAACCAGGGCCGUGGCUCGACCGACGGCGCUCCCGCAGCGGGCAGUAUCUCGUCCUCCGUCGGCAGCACCGCCGAUCAGGUGGCAGCUAACGCCACGUCACCGGACGCCGAGCUCGAGUACCGGAACCAGCGCGCGACGCUCGGCUUCUGAUGACAGUUCAACCACGACAGACCUGACCAUAUUCAAAUUUGUUACUU